AUGUCGGGCAUCGAUGACUGUGUAUGUGACUAUUUGGAUGAUGACUUGGACGACUUUGUGGCCCACGAUGACGACUCUCCGAGAUCGCCCAAACGACGCCGUUUGAGCGACCAAAAAACAGCAGGGAGCGCGCGUCGCGAGAGUGUGGGAGAUGACGAUAAAAGCGACGACUAUGGGCCUGGCUUCGACUCAGACGGCGAGAACAAUGUGGAUGAGCCUUCAUCAGCUGAAGAGGCGCCAUACCUCUUUCCCGAUCAGCAAAAGUCCAAGUACAAGGUGUUUGUUCCAAAGCAGACCACCAUUCGAGAGAACAUGUUCGUCACACAAUUAACACAACCUGCUUCGCCUCCUGAACGAAUCCGUGGACCGCGAUGGAAGAAGCCUGAUUCAAACCCUCCUGUCAUUCACUCAGCGACUGGGAUGGUCGCCGGGCAUCGAACUUGCGAACAGCCACAAGUGCAAAACCAUUUGGAUGGCAGUGAUGAAGACCUGAAAGCCGCAAUAGAAGCCUCACUGCAGUCUUUUGAGGAAGAGUCGUCAAAGCCCAUGGUUUCUCUUGCUCGAGAAGACUCAAACGUCUCCUCCCUUCCUGCCUCUGACACAACUGAUCUUUUCGACGACAUCCCAGACGAUGCCUUCGACUCAGAUCUGUCUCUAUCGCCGCCCGCGAACACUGCCCCGCAGGUACCUUGGAAAACUUCCCAGUCUCGAAGUCUCCCACUAGGCGUCCGCCAAACAACAUUGUAUGAUAUGGCCCCUCGGAACCCAGCAACGCAACCUGUGCGUGGUGAGCAGGUAUUCUUUCCUCCAGAGAAGGUCGAACGGCCCACCCACCACAAAUUGAACCAGGAUAAGUUGGAAACAUGGGUUUUUCCUACGAAUUUAGGCAGGACCCGAGACUACCAGUUCAAUAUUUCCCAGAGAGGCCUAUUUCAUAAUACGCUUGUUGCACUACCCACCGGCUUGGGGAAAACCUUCAUUGCGGCCACCAUUAUGCUCAAUUGGUUUCGCUGGACCCAAGACGCUCAGAUAGUAUUCGUUGCUCCAACAAAACCGCUGGUAUCUCAGCAGAUAUCUGCAUGUUACCAAAUCGCAGGUAUUCCACGAUCUCAAACCACAAUGCUCACAGGUGAUGCUCCUCCAGGAGUACGAGCAGAAGAAUGGAGAAGCAGACGCGUCUUCUUCAUGACACCCCAGACUCUCACUAACGACCUCAAGUCCGGGAUAGCUGAUCCCAAGCGGAUCGUGCUACUAGUGGUGGAUGAGGCUCACCGCGCUACGGGCCGCUAUGCCUAUGUGGAGGUCGUGAAAUUCCUCCGACGAUUCAACCAAAGCUUUCGGGUCCUCGCUUUGACAGCCACACCAGGGUCAACUGUUGAGUCUGUUCAAGCUGUUAUCGAUGGCCUCGAGAUUUCCAAAGUGGAGAUACGUACCGAACAGUCUCUUGAUAUCAGAGAAUACGUGCAUGCGAGGCACACGGACGUUCAGACUUUCCAAAACUCUGACGAGAUGAUCGUGUGCAUGGAUCUCUUAUCCAGCACCUUAAACCCCCUUGUCGAUCAGCUUCGGGAGCUGAAUGCUUUUUGGGGCAGGGAUGCCAUGUCAUUGACCCCCUUCGGUCUGACAAAGGCUAGACAGCAAUGGAUGGCAUCUGAUGCUGGGAGAAAUGCAAAUCUAGGCUUGAAGGGAAAGGUCAUGGCAAUAUUCACGGUUCUCGCGAGCAUGGCACAUGGUAUCGACUUACUCAAGUACCAUGGAAUAACUCCACUGUACCGUCACCUCACACACUUUCAAUCGGGCUCCGACGGACAGAAAAAGGGCAAGUACCAUCGCCAAAUUGUACAAGACGAGCAUUUUGUGAAACUUUUGAACUACCUUGGACCGUGGUCUAAGAACCCCGAGUUUAUCGGACAUCCAAAGUUGGGAUAUCUGAAGCAGGUUGUCUUGAACCACUUCUUGGAUGCUGGCGAACAAUCGGCUACUAGGGUGAUGAUUUUUGUGCACUUCCGUGACAGUGCUGAAGAGGUAACAAGAGUUCUGAAAAGACACGAACCGAUGGUUCGACCGCAUGUUUUUGUUGGGCAGAGCAGCGCCAAAGGCUCUGAAGGAAUGGGCCAGAAGACUCAACUCGAUAUUAUACAAAAGUUCAAGAACGGGACCUACAACACCAUCGUGGCAACCUCCAUCGGCGAGGAAGGACUGGACAUAGGAGAAGUUGACCUGAUUGUGUGUUAUGAUGCCUCCGCUUCUCCGAUUCGCAUGCUCCAACGCAUGGGACGAACUGGCCGCAAGCGAGCAGGAAACAUCGUUCUCCUCUUGAUGCAAGGCAAGGAGGAGGAGAAUUACCUUAAGGCAAGAGAUAACUAUGAGAAAAUGCAGGAACUGAUAGCAAGCGGCACGCAAUUCUCCUUCCAUGACGAGAUAUCCCCACGAAUACUGCCCGCUGGAAUAAAGCCAAUACCCGACAAACGUCAAAUUGAAAUUCCAGAAGAGAACACAACUGGUGAUCUGCCGGAGCCGAAGAAAAGGAAAGGUCGGCUCCCUAAGAGACCCCCGAAACAGUUUCAUAUGCCCGAUAAUGUUGAGACAGGCUUCACCAAGGCAUCACGCCUAGGAGAAACAGCAAAGCUGAAGGCGAAGGCAAAGGCAAAGUCAAAGCCUAAACCCCGGGCACCGACUCCAGAACCUGUCCCAGUUCCAGACCUUGCAGAAGUCUUGCUCACUUCAGCUCAGCAAAAUGAUCUUGAGCGUCAUUAUCAGGAUAUAGGAGGCACAACUCCACAAUUCAUUCGCUAUCCCCGAAGCGAUGCUUUCCCGCGUCUCCAGCUGGUCCAACGUCCAACCAAGUUAGUGAAGCAUGGUUCCCUCACGCGACGUGUCAUCGGCGCCUUGCAGAGGAUGAAUCAAGUCACACCAGAUUGUGAAGAGCGGUUCAAGGAAGUUCUAGCUCGAGAAACCGAAUUUCUAUAUGAGGACUCUGCCGUCUUUUCAAUACCGCGAACUAGCGAAGACAGCCAAACCUCACAAUACCCCAGACCGAAAAUUAUCAGACCUGGUCGUUUGCAAGACACCGAGAAUCUCGUGGAGAGCGAUAGUGAUGCUGAACCGCCAUCUCCAAGCAAACUGUUCUCGGUACUUAAUAGUCCUCGGCGAUCAAAGCCUUUUCAUCCUCCACGUCGAGUUAGCCAGAUUGUCACUGCUGUUGAUGACUUUUUAGACCUGCCUGACCCAGAAACUUUCAUCACGCCGGGUCGGACGCAAACACUAUCCCGGAAGAGGAGGAGAAUUGUGAUUGAUGACGAUAGUGACGAAUAA